AUGAAACAACGUGUUUUGAAUGAAUUAACAUCUAUUGCUAUGAUCUAUGAAGAAACAUCUAAAGUGUCAAUCGAUGCUACUGUCUUAGCUACGUUUCCGAUAAAUCAGGAAAUUUAUCAAAUGUUUGCAUCAAUUCGUCGAAAACGUAUGCCAUCUUUACCUAAUUCAUGUUUGUUCAAUAUUCCUGAUUUAUAUAAAUUAACAAUCGAUAGAAAGAGAUUCCUGCUAUCAAAUGAAUCAUUUAUACGACGUGAACGUCUUUUAAUUUGUGAAGUCGAAGUUUUCUUCGUCAAGACACUAUGGAUGUUAUUUCCACUACUUGUAGUGUAUAUUUAG